GCGGCAGAGCUUUGCGAAGCUCGCAACGGCCACGGGUCCCAUUGCGCCUGCGUGAUCCACGCUGAGACUACGCACGCACCUGUGUGCACACAUUGCCGUGGGUCCAGUAUAUAAUAAAUAGUAACAUAGAUAGACUGGAUAUAAAUAAAUAAAUACAUUCACACGAAACUAGCUCGGACUGCAAUUUUUAGUAAAAAAAAAAAACAAAUUCAGACCAGAUGUGUCAAUUCGUUGUUCGCACUCGCUCGUCGCCUGAUGUCCAGCUGACAACCAUCGAGUUGUCGUGAGCUCUUGAGAAAGACCGUGCGGAAGAUCGCCCCCCUCCCCCCCCCCCCCAAAAAAAACGAAAAAAAACAUCCGAGUGCAAGAGUUUCCCAAUUUCCACUCCUCACUUAUGCUCAUACGCCAGCGCUCAGAUGCUGCUCAACCAGAGGCAGCUGGGAAGCGGUGGUGCCGGCGGCGUGAGCCGCUGCAAGACGAGAAGCCCACGCAGACCGCUCAGGAUGCAAGGGUGCAGCAGCAGAAACGGCAGUAAGCAGGGAGGAUACACCAACGAGUCCUUCGUCUUUGAUGACGGCUACAGGGAUGACAACUGCGACGAGAGCUUGCGUAGGUACUCGCUGAGGUCCGAUGAAGAGACAGGUGGCGAGGCAGCUUUGCGGCUCCCUCGGGCAUCCGCAUCCUCAUCAUCCCUCCUAGCCUCGGCGGCUGCAGCGGGAUCAUCAUCAUCAUCAUCAUCGCCUGCAGCAGCGCCUACAGAGUCAUUCUCACCGCUGGCCCCGCCGUCUGUGACCGAGCACGCACCUUCCACGUCCUCAUCGUCCAAAGCGCCAAUAAGGCGGAAAGACCGGCUGCCCCCGGGAUCACUGCCGGCGCCGUCGGCCAAGUCGGUGUCGAUAUUGGUGCCGCCUCCAUCGCCGCCGCUACCGCACGAGCAGCGGCAUCAUCAUAAUCAUCAUCAACGUCGCUAUCGGCAUCAGCAUCGUCAGCAGCAGGAGCAGCAGGAGCAGCAGGAACAGGAGGAAGCGCCGCCACCGCCGCCGAGCGCCGCAGCCCCACUCGCGGUGCCGGACGCCGGGCUGCUCCUCUCGCCCGACAGCCUCGGGAUGAGCGCGCCCGACAGUGGCGUGCCGCCCCUGCAUCCGCGCUACCGCCUCCGCGACCUCCUGCUCGGCGACCCGUCCUGGCAGGGGGAUGACCGGGUGCAGGUGGAAUUUUACGUCGACGAGCAAAUGGUGAAGGAGCGACUCAAGCUGUUCUUCAUCAAAAACCAAAGAUCAAGCCUGAGAAUCCGCCUCUUCACCCUUGCCCUCAAGUUCAUCUCCUGCAUCCUGUACAUGGUGCGCGUGGGACUGGACAAUCCGCACCAGGACAGAGAUGAGCACCAGGAAAGCGACUGCCUGCACGGCCUGAAAGGAAACAACACAUCACGCCAACCGGAAAACAUUGAUUGGACAUCCAUUAUAUGGGUCAACAGAAGUACUCCGCUAUGGGCCUGUCAGGUGUUCCUGGCUAUCAUCAGCUUCACGGAGACUCUGCUUCUAAUGUACCUCAAUUACAAGGGAAACAUCUGGGAGCAAAUCCUUCACAUCUCAUUCAUCCUGGAGCUCACGACCUCCGUCCCAUUCAUCAUCACGAUUUUUUGGGCAAACCUUCGGAACAUUUUCAUCCCAGUUUUUCUCAACUGCUGGCUGGCGAAGAUUGCCCUUCAGAACCUAAUAAAUGACCUGCACAGAGCCAUCCAGAGGACGCAGUCAGCAAUGUUUAACCAGGUGCUCAUCCUGAUCUGCACACUGUUCUGCCUCAUGUUCACAUUCAUCUGCGGCUUCCAGCAUCUGGAGAGAGCGGCCGAGAACAUUUCCCUCUUCAGGUCGCUCUACUUCUGCAUCGUCACCUUCUCCACCGUGGGAUUCGGCGACGUGCUGCCCAAGAUCUGGCCGUCCCAGCUGCUUGUGGUCAUCAUGAUCUGUGUGGCGCUCAUGGUGCUGCCCGUGCAGUUCGAAGAGCUGGUCUACCUGUACAUGGAGCGGCAGAAGUCCGGCGGCAACUACAGCCGCUACAGAGCGCAGACGGAGAAGCACGUUGUCCUCUGCGUGAGCUCGCUGAAGCUCGACCUCCUCAUGGACUUCCUCAACGAGUUCUACGCUCACCCUCGUCUGCAGGACUUCUACACGGUGAUCCUGUGCCCCACGGACAUGGACUCGCAGGUGCGCCGCAUGCUGCACGUGCCGCUGUGGGCUCAGCGCGUCAUCUACCUGCAGGGCUCCGCUCUCAAGGACCAGGACCUCGUGCGAGUCAAGAUCGAUGACGCGGAGGCGUGCUUCAUCCUGACCAGCCGGAAUGAGGUGGAUCGCACUGCGGCGGAUCAUCAGACAAUCCUGCGAGCUUGGGCCGUCAAAGACUUUGCUCCAAGCUGCCCUCUCUACGUGCAGAUCCUAAAGCCUGAAAAUAAGUUCCACGUAAAGUUUGCAGACCACGUUGUGUGCGAGGAAGAGUUCAAGUACGCCAUGUUGGCACUCAACUGCGUCUGCCCAGCGACAUCCACCCUCAUCACCCUGUUAGUCCACACCUCCCGCGGACAGGAGGGCCAAGAAUCCCCUGAGCAGUGGCAGAGGAUGUAUGGCCGCUGCUCGGGUAACGAAAUCUACCACAUCCGGCUCGGGGAGAGCAAGUUCUUCGGGGAGUACGAGGGCAAGAGCUUCACAUUCGCGGCGUUCCACUCCCACAAGAAGUACGGCGUGUGCCUGAUCGGCGUGCGACAAGAGGACAAGCGGAGCAUGCUGCUGAACCCGGGCCCCCGGCACAUCAUGGCCACCUCCGACACGUGCUUCUACAUCAACAUCACCAAGGAGGAGAACUCGGCCUUCAUCUUCAAGCAGCACGAGCAGCAGAAGAAAGGCCUCUCCAAUGGGUCGGCUACCAGAGGCGCUCGCAUCCCCGUGCAGAGUAUCCUCGCCUCCCUGGGCUCGGUGGCGAUGGACUUGCAUGGCACGGAGCCCAGCCAGGCGGCCCCUCCGGCCGACGUGCACGUGCCAGCCGGCCCGACGAGCGAGGCGGGGGCGGGCAGGAGCCUCUCGCUGCCCGCGGAGCGAUCGGGCACCGGCAGACGGCCCAGCAUCGCCCCCGUGCUGGAGGUCGCUGACCCUGUGCUGCAGGCCGAGCCCUCGGACCCCUUCAACGACCCCUCAGAGGAUGAAGCGAACCAGUCGGACGAGGAAGGCACCGUGAACUUUGACCGGGUAAAAGGUUACCCACCCAACUCCCCGUACAUCGGCAGCUCUCCCACGCUGUGUCAUCUGCUGAGGAAGAGGGCUCCGUUCUGUUGCCUUCGGUUGGAUAAGGGCUGCGCGCACUACAGCUAUGAAGAUGCCAAGGCCUACAGCUUCAAGAACAAGCUGAUCAUUGUGUCGGCGGAGACGGCGGGCAACGGCCUCUACACGUUCAUCGUGCCACUGCGGGCCUACUACCGACCCCACAGGGAGCUCAACCCCAUCGUGCUGCUGCUCGACAACCCACCUGACUGCCACUUUCUGGAGGCUAUUUGCUGUUUCCCCAUGGUGUACUACAUGGUCGGAUCCAUAGACAACCUGGACAACCUGCUGCAGUGCGGCAUCAUCUACGCGGACAACGUGGUGGUGGUGGACAAGGAGAGCACCAUGAGCGCCGAGGAGGACUACAUGGCGGACGCCAAGACCAUCGUCAACGUGCAGACCAUGUUCAGGCUGUUCUCCAGUCUCAGCAUCAUCACGGAACUCACGCACCCGGCCAAUAUGCGCUUCAUGCAGUUUCGAGCCAAGGACUGCUACUCACUCGCUCUCUCCAAACUAGAGAAGGAGGAGCGGGAGAAAGGCUCCAACCUGGCCUUCAUGUUCCGCCUGCCCUUUGCCGCCGGGCGAGUGUUCAGCGUCAGCAUGCUCGACACGCUGCUCUACCAGUCGUUCGUCAAGGACUACAUGAUCCCCAUCACAAGGCUUCUUCUGGGCCUGGACACUACGCCAGGAUCCGGCUACCUGUGCGCAAUGAAGGUGAAUGAAGAGGACCUGUGGAUCCGUACAUAUGGACGACUCUAUCAGAAGCUUUGCUCAUCCACGGGCGAGAUCCCCAUCGGAAUUUACCGCACAGAGGCCCACGCUUUCAACCCCUCCGAGUCCCAGGUCUCCAUCGGCAUCCCGGAGGCGGACGAUGUGGCGCGCGAGAGCCACGACUACGUGAGCCGCGCGAGCUCCGUGCAGGGCUCUGCCCCGGACCCCUCCGAGCACCUGCUGCUGCGGCACAAGACCAUGCACUGGGCCCGUCGCUUCAGCCGCAAGGGGGGUGGCCGCGCGGGCAGGGGCGGCAGCGGGCGCAAGGCGGCGGCGGAGAACAUCGGGCGGCAGCGACGCACGCUCUACCAGCGCACGGAGCGGCAGGAGCUGUCGGAGCUCGUGAAGAACCGCAUGAAGCACCUCGGGCUGUCCACGACGGGAUACGAGGAUAUUGUUAAUAUAACUGCCUCUGAUGUGAUGAAUCGUGUAAACCUGGGAUACCUGAAAGAUGAGAUCAACGACCAGCAGAACACGCUUUCAUACGUGCUCAUCAACCCCCCUCCCGACGUGAGGCUGGAACUAAACGACAUCGUCUACCUGAUCCGACCGGAUCCCCUGGCAAACGUGUCGAGCAGCACGGGCUCGUGCAACAGAGACGACAACAACGCCCAGCUGGACGGGGGACUCGGCUUCAGGGAUGAGACGAAGCUGUAGGCGUCAGAGCCUCCAGCACCCCCCCUCCUCAACUCCACGGACGCCACGUUGCCACGUGGGGGAUUCAACAUCACUGACGCGACACUAUUUAUUUAUUUUGUAAAAAGGUUCUGGGAGACACAAGCAUUCGCAGGGAAGGGUGCAUGGCACCCAAACUCUGCGUGUGUGUGUGUGUGCGUCAUGUGGGGCCCCCUUUGAGUGUGGGCCGUACAUGACGUGGGCAGUUUGGUGGGAUGCGUCUGGGUGCACCAGACGCAUCGUUGAGUUGAGUUACUCAACAGUGAGCUACGCGUCUUGAGUACAGACGCACUGUGUUCAGUCGUCCUUCCCCCGCACCUCCGAUUAGCAUGAUUGGCUAUGUACGGUGCGAAAGAAGUUCAACAUACAUACAUGACACCACGAGAGACAGCUGGAGAGACAAAAAUAGACCUGUUAGGAGCUCCCAUUAGCUACAGCCUUGCUCUGUGGCAGAUGAAAACAACACCAUUGCUGUGUAAGGUAUUCACGGCUGUGCUGCAUGGGUCUCCCGUGUGUUUUUGAGUUACGCGUCUUGUUCGGCAUCGAUCCCUGUCUGACAUUUCGCUCCACGCGAGAGCUUCUUCAGUUCAACUCUUGAAGAAGCUCUCGGCAUGUGUUGAGCGAACUGUCAGACAUCGUGCCAGUCAACACGUGGUACAAACCCAAAGCACAUCGGGAGAUGUAGAGCAAAACGAAACAAAUAACAUACUCUUUGGUUCUUUCAGUAAAGUCACGUAGGUAUAAAAUAGUGAUUUAUUUUAUUUUCUACCUACGUGACUUUACCGAAAGAACCAAAGAGUAUGGAUUCCUGCAGUCACGAAAGCUUCAAAUCAAGAUUAAACAAAUAAAUGUAUUUGCAUAGCGCGGCAGUAAAGUUUACACACUAUACCCCUGACUGUAUGCUGUUUAGAGGAAAAUCCACACACACACACUUAAAUAAUAUUUUAAUUUAAAGUGACGUAAAAUAUAUACAUAUAUAAAAUCACUCAGCGUGGGUAUUCUUUUUACACAGCUUGUGGGACUCUGCCCUGGAUAUUGGUAUUGAAAGCGUGCACGUUAUAAUUAUUGGCGUGGCCCUCUGUGCCGGGUGCGUCUGUGUCUGCCGUACAACACAGGGUGCGACUGCCCCCUCCUGCAGUCUAGAGAUAUUACCACUGUGUAUGGUCAUUGAGAAAAUUAAGUUCCCAUAGCCUGGGAAAUUGUGGCAAAUGUUUACAGCAUGACCCGAGGAGGUACUGCAAACCGCACAAACCAUACUACUGUUCAUAACUUCUGCUUAUGUUAAUGAGUCAAAUUAUUGUCCCAAAGAUGAAUGACAAAUAUAAGUAGCUCCCCAAAUAUAAACGUAAGUAAAGUAUCCUGUACACAAAUCAUUAUUUGGUCAUUUAACAUGCAGGUGGUCAAUGCGUGACAGAUUUCAAAAUUACCAUGAAGUGUAAUGUAGUCCAGCUGGGCUCUCCGGUUAUUUAAAUAUUCGACUACUCCACAGAUUAUCAGUUGCAUUACUCGACUAAUCUGACAUGAAUAUAGUAUAAACGGCUGAGCGUUGGUGGUUUGCUGCCUUCGGGAGGCAGGAUGUGGGGGCGGACACCCAAUUUAAUACGGGCGCCGAGCAAUUCACCACAAAAAAGUAGUUUAUUAUAGCGUCAGUCGAUUAUAAUUAACUCUUCGACAAAUUGUCCACAGCUUUAUAACGUAGCAUGAAUUCAAUUCCUACGAACGCCAAGGCACACACGUUACUGUUACAGUAGCCAAUGGAACGUUUAUAACGGCUGCCUGGUAUGACGGCGAGAAAGGGGGGCUUUUGUCCCUAGAGGAUUGUGGCAGUGACUGUUGUGCGACUAGAGCCCUUUCCUGGGCAGCCUCUCAAGGCUCCAUGGCCAAUUAAACGUACAUUUAAUUUCAAUGAGUACAACCUUAUCUUUGUGCUCGCGCCAAUCCGUAUGGGCAAUUUCUGUAUACAUUUUUUGGGGGGAAUGCUUACAAAAAAACUAAUGUUUGUCUUCUGAACCAACGCACGCUUCCGCUGGAUAAAGUUGCACUCAAUUUUAUCCAGAUCACCCGAGGCAUGGGCUUCACCCCAUUUUAUUGUCAACAUUAACCUUGCGGGUGUCACCAAUUUCAAUGUCGAAGAGUCAACAGCAUUUCAAAUUGGCAAUUCGUCAAGCUGUAAGGUCAUGAAUACACUUGAUGCCUCCAUGAAUAAUAUGGAGAAGGGAAUAGUAGGCUCUGUUUAUUAUCAUUUUACACUACGGUGCACUUAAUUUAAUUCAGGUGCGGUCUUUUCUUCACUCAGAUUUCCACGUGAGGUGUAAACAUAAUGCAGUUAGCCUUGGCUAGCGGGAGAUAGAAAUGUACUCCGCAUGGCAUAUAUUGACUUGUUUGUGCAAUGGCCAGCAUGUGGUUCGCAUACAAAUCAUAUCGUCGUGCCGAGUAAAUUGCUGUGUACUAUACAACACAGACAUUGUUUUUGAGCAUUCAUUUCAAAUAUUUUAAUACACCACAGCAUACACAUUACAACUUGGCUUCUAUGAAUUGCAAAAAGCUUUGUACUAAGAGAUGAAGCAUAAAAACAAAUCUCAAUUUCAUUGCCUGCUACUCGUUUCACAUAGACAAUGCAAUCAAAUGCAUUUUGUAGGUACAGUAAUAAAAUGUUAUUUUCUUUAAAUUAAUUUCUUAUGUUUAUUUUUGCGUUGCAGCCAAAUGUUGAUGUUUCGGGAUUUGACAGGGCAUUAUCAACAUACACAUCCAAGUAAUACAGAAAAAUUAUCCUGGCUCCAUUGCAUUCACUUACAGGUGGAGCACCCCACUGUUUAGGGAUUGAGCAUUUCAGCUCUUGAGCACGGCAGGGAAUAGAGGCAAAGAUUAUAUCCAUAAAGUUGCUUUGUCAAUAAACUAUCCAUGCACUCAGUGGAAUUAUCUUUUGUUUUAAGUCCACACCUGCAGAACAGCUGCACCUUGGAAGUUAGCCGUGUGGCUCAAAGGUCGGAGCGCUGAGCUGGUACUGCUGACAUCAGGGCAGUCACUUGCGAUUGCAUCGGGUUCUCACUCAAGUAUAGGGAGUUGAUGGAUUCAGCCUGGUCAAUAAUGCCUUUUU